GUGCUCCAACUGCCACUCUCUUAACUGUCAUUCAGAACCUGGCUUCUCAGCUCUGCUGCCUGCCUGGCUGUUUGGAUGGCUGCUGGCUCAGCAAGAGUCUGGAGAGCUUGAGGGGCAGGACCCUGUAGAUACCAACUUGGUUACUUGAGCAUCUUUCAGUGACCUUCAACUUUGCGUGAAGAUUCCUUUCAUAGACGAGCUCCAGACAUUGUUGCAGAGGGAAAUAUUUCUUUUGUUAUCAAAAUGAAAAUAGACUUGGAGGUCAGUGAGCCAGUCAACUUUAGCUCUGGAGAUCAUCAACAUCUGGUUCAUACAGCAGCCAUUAAAGGUAACACUGGCAGACUGGAUCAGCCCUUCACAGCUUCAUCUGGAGACAGGGCACAAGGAGCCAUACAAUACUCACAUCCAAGGAAUAGAGAUGGAGCAAAUACCUAUGCAGUACAAGUUUCUGAGGAUGUUACUCCCUCAAAUGAGAAUGUAAAUCAAUCCAUUCCCUUUGAAAACACGUCUAUUCGUAAUGAUUUCAUUAUGAAAGUGUUUGUCAUUCUGUCCAUUCAGCUGUUCAUCACUGCAAUGAUUAUCAGCAUCUUUGUUUUCUGCGAACCUGUAAAAAAGUGGAUCAUCGCCAGGCCCUGGUUCCUGUAUGCACUCCUCCCAGCAGUUAUGAUUCUGAUCCUUAUACUCGCUUGCUGCAGGGAUAUCCGGCGCCAAGUGCCCGCAAACUACAUUCUCCUGGCAUUCUUUACCAUUCUGGAAGGCCUGCUGCUAGGAAGCAUGUCAGUCUUCUACAGAGCAGAUGAGAUACUAUGGGCCGCAGGAGCCACCACUGUGGUGACACUAGUGCUCACUUUGUUUGCGCUACAAACAAAAUGGGAUUUUACCCUGCUAAGUGGAGUGAUGUUUGUUUUCACCAGUGUGCUACUGAUCUACGGGAUUAUUGCACUUGUGAUUCGAUCAUACUGGUUGCAUCUGGUGUACUCAGCGCUUGGAACAUUGCUCUUCUCCAUAUACCUGGUGAUGGACGUGCAAAUGAUGGUGGGGGGGCACUACCAUUAUGAGAUAAACCCUGAAGAGUACAUUUUUGCUGCUCUGAACAUCUACGUGGACAUCAUCAGCCUUUUCAUUUUCAUUUUGGACCUGAUUGGACGAUAGCUGAUGGCCAAAGCCAGCUAAGGCCCAGAAGAGACACACCUGUGGUGUGUCGACAGGCUCAGGCGUGUAGCAGUGACCACUUACAGACCCUUUCAAGAGUCACUUAUUUAUCCAUCAAUUUAACUGUAUGUCAAAAGAAGCUAAGAAUUCAGUAGAUGGUAGCUUGUAGCUGUUAUAAUUUUGUUUCCCUUGACAUAUGGCAAAACUUUCUUAUUCAUAUUGCAAUAUAUCUGAUUACUAUAAAUUCAGAAAAAGAGUACCCUAAUCAUACACUGACAUGGAUUUAGAAGGUCCUCAAUGCUUUGUUGAAGUUUUCCAGGUACAAUUUAAAGCUGUGAGCACCAGCUCUACAUAAAUAAAGCUGAUUGUAGAAAAAC